AUGCCAAUGGCUGGUGGCCCUGACAAGUUCUGCACGAAUGGACUGACUUUUCCAACAGGCCUGACGGUGCCCUUGACCGGGGAGGUUAAGAGGACCGGGAGCAUGGACGAUGGUCUGGGAUCUCCUUUUUUCCACCUUUCGUCAAAGGUACAGACUAAUGCUGCAGGAGGUGCUGGCGAGGACGCCCACCUCGCCGGGUCCCACGCAGGGGCACUCCAUGCGCCGGAUGCGUACCGGAAUCACCCAAAUGAGACGGAUGAACCGAUAAAGAAGGCUUGGUCUCAGUCCCGGGGAGUGCACACCCGGCUGCUGCAGUCUCCAGAUAGCCUCCGCAGAUCGAAUGGGAGUACAAACGAUUUUGUCGUGAGCCCCCGGAAGCAGGGGUGCACCUACACCCGUGAGCACACGGGGACCUUUGGCACCCCCUCGGACGUCACCCCCAAAAGCCAAACCGAGCACAGAGCCCCGGACAAGCACAACAGCUGCAGCAAAAGCCUGGAGUGGGCGCCGGAAGAGAGCCGGCCCCGCGCUACUAGCCCGGGCGCAGUUAUCCAGACUAGGGGCGCGGUGGCCGGGGGUCCCACGUACGGUUCCCGCGCUGCCGGGAACGAGCAUGGGCUCUCGGGGGACCUUGCUGGAAAGCCUCCGUCUACGAAGCCUCCAUCCACGCCCAAUCCGAAACCCCAGAGGCGGGGCGAGGGUCCGCCAGCCGCAGCGUUCCCAGCUCUGUCGGGGCGGGGGUGCCCGGCCGUGGCGCCCGGGGCUGCGGACCUGGCGGGCCUGCGAGGAGAGGCGGAGCGGCGGGAGGUGUGGCUUCGUUGCUGGGCUCGCGGCCGGGGGCCCCGCGGGCCGCGUGGGGACCUGUCCACACCGCGGAUCGCUGGCGGAGAAAGCGGGGGCGAGGUGGGGCAGAUGCUGGCGGAAGGGGGUCAGACGGCGGACUGUGCGUGGUCCUCCGGGAUGAAGCUCAGCUGGGACAUCAACGACCCGCAGAUGCCGCAGGCGCCAGGGCACUUCGACCACUUCCGCGAAUGGCCUGAUGGCUACGUGCGCUUCAUCUACCGCAGCGACGAGAAGAAGGCACAGCGCCACCUGAGCGGCUGGGCCAUGCGUAACACCAACAACCACAACGGCCACAUUCUCAAGAAGUCCUGCCUGGGUGUGGUGGUGUGUGCCCGGGCCUGCACCCUGCCGGAUGGCUCCCGCCUGCAGCUGCGCCCCGCCAUCUGCGACAAAGCCCGGCUGAAGCAGCAGAAAAAAGCAUGCCCCAACUGUAGUUCUGCUUUGGAGUUGAUUCCCUGUCGAGGGCACAGUGGAUACCCUGUAACCAACUUCUGGAGGCUUGAUGGCAACGUGAUAUUUUUUCAGGCUAAGGGAGUUCACGACCACCCAAGACCAGAAAGUAAAUCAGAGACAGAAGCUAGAAGAAGUGCCAUCAAGAGACAAAUGGCCUCUUUUUACCAGCCCCAGAAAAAGAGAAUUCGAGAACCAGAGGUAGGAGAGAAUCAAGGCAACGGUGGACAUUUUAACAAUGUACCUCCCCUGGAAAAUCCAGAAGACUUUGACUUAAUUACUGACACUGGCAUCCCUAUUCCAGGGCAGCCUUGCUUUUCCUCCCCAAACUCUGAUGUGUGCAAAGCUACCUGUGACCCAGCCACUUUUCAGAAAUGUCCAAACCCAAGAAUCUAUUUGCCAAGGCCACUGUACAGCUAUGAAUUGGCAGGCCCUGGUUACACAAAUUCGAGCCCAUAUCCCACCCUUUAUAAAGAUUCCAGCAAUAUCCCUAAUGACACAGACUGGUCUCAUAUGAAUGCACUACAAUAUGAUGUUAACUCAUACAGCAGCUUUGAGAGAAGCUUUGAUUUCACCAGUAAACAACAUGGCUGGAAACCAGCUCUUGGAAAAUCUGGCGUUGGGGAGAGGACUGAACAUGGGCAGUUCCAGGCCGUGGCCACUCGCCCUUAUUAUAACCCAGAGCGUCCGUGCAGGUACCUCACCACUCCCUCAGCUGGCCCUCCAGCCCUGCAGACUGUGAUCACCACCACCACCAAAGUGUCCUACCAGGCCUACCAGCCCCCUGCCCUGAAAUACUGUGACAAUGUACGGGAAGUUAAGAGCCUCGUGGGGUGUAACUAUGCUUCUGAAAAUACCCCAGUGGCCAUCUACCCUCAAGCGCUAGACCUUCCAGCUGGAACAGCCAGGGCAGCCUCUCCACCAGGAUCACUUCCUUCGAAAGUUCUAGGAGAUUGCAGGGCCAUCAGAUCCACACUGGCUUUUCCUCAAGAGCCAGCUUUCUCCAGGACAGAUGGAGCAGAUCUUUGGGAUGUGUGUGUCUCUGGGCUGGGCACUGCCAUCAAUUUUUCAGAUAGAGUCAGUCCAUUCUUUAACUAUGAUAAUGAGGACUUUUGA